AUGGAGUCCGCAAAACCGCCAGUACGGCGAACAUAUGGCCGGCGCACGGCAUCGUCCCCGCCACGGAAACUCAUGCUCUUCACGCCUCCACCAUCAUCACCGCGCCUCGCGUCCCAAGAAGAAUCCCCGACGCGUCCAUACCCAAUGUCCUCACCCACACCCGCAUCACAAGUGCAGUAUUCACCAACCCCAAAGCGCAUCCUCGACUCGGACCCAGUCGAGGUCCCGUCCAAGCGUGCACGGCCAUUAUCGGGUUUCGACUCCAACCUCCCGCCCAAGGAGGAACCGAAACAGGCGACGCUCGCGUCGUUCUUUGGGCCGAUCAAGCGCGCGCGUGCUACCCCUUCAUCCUCCUCUCCAUCCACUCCGCCAACCUCCAAGAGCAAGCUCAAGCUCGGUAGCAAGGACAGGACUAAACUCACCCAACUUCACUUCAUGAACGGUGCGCAGCGCUCCUGCACCGAAUGCGGCAUGUCCUAUAUGCGAGGAGGGGAAGACGACCGCACACACGCGGCACACCACGCUCGUGUAACCCGCGGCAUCCCCUUCCCUAAGAGUCGGGGUGGAGUCAGCGCCGGCGCGAUCUCCUGGAGCGGGGGAAGUGCCCGCCUCCUCGUGACUGAAGGGCGAUGGGAAGACGUACACUCCACAGUGGAUGGCGUCCUCUCCGCCUCGCCCCUCACACCCAAGAUGAGGGACGCGUGUAAGCUCGUCUUGGCAAUCACGUCUUCUCCACCACCAAACGCAAAGCGUGCCAAGGUUGACGGGCGGGAACGAAUCGUUGGCGUCGUCGUCGCGCAGCCCAUCAAGACUGCCAUGCGAGUCCUCCGCAGCGGCGAGGACGUUGAGGACAAGGUCGACAGCGGUGGCGGUGUUGUGUGCGAACCCACACCGCUUCCGACGCCACUGGGUAUCCACCGCCUGUUCGUUGUUCCAGCUUACCGUGGAUGCGGGCUGGCACGCGUGAUGCUCGAUGCUGCAGCCGCGCAUACCGUUUACGGAUGCCGGUUCGACCCGACUGCCGGCGAUGUCGCGUUUUCCCAGCCGACAGACAGCGGGCGCGCCGUCAUGCAGGCGUGGGGCAAGGGCGGCGUUCGCGUGUUCGACGAGGGACAGUUGUAG